GUUUAAUCACAGCAUGGUCCCUGGUCUUCUGCCAGUGCCACUAAAACUUUGCUGGCGUUUAUUGAAUGUUGUAAGAUCCUAAAGAGCACCUAAAAAUGUGGAAAAACAAAACGUUGCUGGAAGAAAGCCUAAACUUAAAAAUGUGAUCCAAGUCAACAAAUUAAUCUCACUUUAAGCCAAAGGAAAUGUUUGAAAUUAAAGGACUGCCGAGAAAUAAGAGUUUUAAGUUUUAGGCUGAGAGAUAUGAUAAGUACUUUUCUGUUUAGUGACUUCCUUGCCCAUAACGCAUAACUGGGACUUACACAUAAACCGCUCUGAGGGAGGACUUGGCGUGUUUGGGCCUAGACCACAGCUAGCAUGUCAUUUGUGUCUUUCUUUGAUGCCCCUUUUGUUUUCAGGAAAAAGAAAAUAUGUGUGUGUGUAUGAGUGAUACUUGACCACUUAUGUGACCUCUGGGAAAAACCGCAGCACAGUUUGUGGUUUAUCUUCAAGAAGACAAACCAAAGGAAGUAAAAGGAGGAACAAGAUCAUUGCUUUUAUUUAGUUUCAUUAGCACAGUACUUCCAAAAAUUCACUGUGCCCUUUAAAAUAGGUUAAUGACUAUGUUUUCAUAAUUCCAAAGAUUUGUGGAGAAAAGACCUGAAAUGUAUGCUUUUCGUAAAAUACAGUUAUAUUUGGGGUAAGAAGCUGUAUUGGUCGUACUGGCUCAGCGGAUGGUGCUUCGUAGAAACAAGGCUGUUCCCCAGACCCUGGGAAUGGCUGUACCCUUCCAUCAACUGUGCAGAAGACGGGGUGCUGACUAGAUCCAGCUAGAUGGCGAGGGGCAAGGGGGGAAGAAAGGCAGAAGCAGAUUGUCCGUCUUUUCCAGAAAUAAAUGAGGGAUGGAAAGCUCUCCAUCCUCAGUCCUGAAGGAGACAGCAUUCCAAGGAGAAAAAAACAGUUUGCGUCUCCGUCAGGUGCACUGGUGCGAGCCCCCAUAGAGACUGUUGGGUUAGCUCACACUGACUCGCCCACAUUGCCUGAGCCAACACCUGCAGUUAGCCUUAACCUGGUAUUUCUUUCUGCUGUGCAUUACCCCGUAGGUAUGGAAGAAAACAGCAGUGUUGCCAUGUUGGUGCCAGAUAUUGGGGAACAGGAAGCUGUACUGACUGCUGAAACUGUCAUCAGUUCAUUAGAAAUUGAUGAACCAAGAAAAGUUAAAACAGAUCCGUUAAUCCAUGUUAUCCAGAAGUUAAGCAAGAUCGUGGAACAUGAAAAGUCACAAAAAUGUCUUUUAAUUGGGAAAAAACGCUCACGUUCAAGUGCUGUGACGCGCUCUCCUGAAGCACAAGAGCCCUGUGAGGUUCCUGCUAAAGCGGCCCAGCCGCCUGCUGCUGCGGAUGGAGGGGCCCAGGCCCCGCAGGUGCCCGGCCCCCCUGACGCCCCCGCCCAGAACGAUGGGAAGCCCAUGUCCUACCAGUGCAGCCUCUGCCAGUUCCUGUCGCCAUCUUUCCCUGUGCUGAAGGACCACGUUAGGCAGCACGGCCAGCAGAACGAGGUGCUGCUCAUGUGCUCCGAGUGCCACAUCACGUCCAGGAGCCAAGAGGAACUGGAGGCUCACGUGGCUACGGACCACGAGGACGAGGCCAGCAGUCACCCUCAGCCCGGAGCCCCCCAGAGCGUGAGCCCCUCCAGCCUCAUGGGCCCCAGAGCCACAGAGACAAGCCGCGAACCUGCUCCUGACAUCCCGGUCGGGGUGAACAGCCCGCCGGCCCCCAGCCCCCGCGCCUCCGUGGCCGAUGUGGGGCGGGGCCGGUGGUACGCAUACGAGCAGCACGGCCUGUACCGAUGCCUGUUCUGCAGCUAUACCUGCGGCCAGCAGAGAAUGCUGAAGACGCACGCCUGGAAGCACGCCGGGCAGGUUGACUGCUCCUACCCAAUAUUUGAGAAUGAAAACGAGCCCCUGGGCCUGCUGGAGCCCUCGACGGCGGCCACACCUGGCGGGCUGGACGCAGUGGUCAUCGCCAUCGGAGACAGCGAGCUGAGCAUCCACAACGGCCCAGCCGUGCAGGUGCAGAUCUGCAGCUCAGAGCCCCUGUCCCCUGCGUGUCCUCUAGCACAGGGCGCCAACACAGCCAUUGGUGUUGAGGGGCCGGCAGCCCUCGAGCCCCACGAGGAGGAAGUGCUCGAGGUGAUUUCUGAGGCAGAGGACAGCCUGGCGGCUGACAGCCUGCUCUCGUCGGCACAGAAGAUUGUCAGCAGCUGCCCCAAUCAGCAGGGCCACGUGAACGUGAUCGUGGAGCGCCUGCCGAGUGCCGAGGAACCACUCUCCCAGCAGAGUUUCCUCGUGGGUGCUGACAUGGACGAGGGGAGCAGCCCGACACCCACAGAGGCCCAGGUCGGGGGCACGGGAAAAGGUGACAGUCCUUAUGCCGGGAAGUGCACUGUGGACAUCGGAGGGCUGAUCCUCGGCUGGAGCAGCGCGGAGGGGGCAGAUGGCGAGUUCCUGCAUCAGGGCCUGGCCCCUGAUGAGAACGCGCCCCCAGGCCGCAGGAGGACCAACUCCGAGUCACUCCGACUGCACUCGCUGGCUGCCGAGGCCCUGGUCACCAUGCCCAUAAGAGCUGCCGAGCGGGCACGAGCCAGCCUCCUGGAUCCAGACACAGGGCAGAGGCAAGUGGAGAGCACGUUGGCAGCAUAUUCUAAAAUGAUGUCACCGCUCAGAAACCCUCCCAGCGGAUUAACUGGCUUCAGCCAGAGCAGCUCCACGCUGGUGGCACUCCCAGGGGGCAGGCAGGAACUGUCCAGCGGGCAGGUGAAGACGGGCAUCAGCAUGUCCUUACUCACUGUGAUUGAGAAGCUGCGGGAACGGACGGACCAGAACGCCUCGGAUGACGACAUCCUCAAGGAGUUGCAGGACAAUGCUCAGUGCCAGCCCAGCGGCGAUGCCAGCCUGCCAGGCGGCAGCGUUGUGGAGUACGUCCCCAGUGCAGAGCGGCCCUACCGCUGCCGCCUGUGCCACUACGCCAGUGGGAACAGGGGCUACAUGAAGCAGCACCUAAGGGUGCACCGACAGAGGCAGCCCUACCAGUGUCCCAUCUGCGAGCACGUCGCCGACAGCAGCAAGGCCCUGGAGAGUCACAUGAUUGGCCACUGCAAGGCCAGGCUGCACCAGUGCCGGCGGUGCGAGGGCACGUUCCAUUACAAGAGUCAGCUGAGGAACCAUGAGAGAGAGCAGCACAGCCUUCCAGACACAGCCGUGUCGACAGGGGCUCCCAGUGAGCCAGGUGUGCCCAGCGACCCAGCCGGGGGGACACAUGCUCAGGAAGAGAAUAAGUCUUCAGUCCAGAAACAGUACAGAUGUGAUGUGUGUGAUUACACGAGUACAACGUACGUUGGUGUCAGAAACCACAGACGGAUCCACAACUCGGAUAAGCCAUACAGGUGCUCGCUGUGUGGCUAUGUCUGCAGUCACCCCCCCUCCCUGAAGUCCCACAUGUGGAAGCAUGCAAGCGACCAGAACUACAACUACGAGCAAGUGAACAAGGCCAUUAACGACGCCAUUUCCCAGAGUGGCAGAACUCUAGGGAAAUCCCCGGGGAAGCCUCUUCUAAACAGCAGUGAGGAGAUUGCUGGUCCCCUCCCUGGAAGUCCAGAGAACUUGCUGUCGCCCCCGGAGCUCGUCUCCCAGGCCCCCAGCGAGAGUGAGAAACUGAGCCCCUCAAGCGAGCCCACCACCGACAGUUCAGAAAAGCCCACGAGCACGGCGCCUCCCGGGAUGGAAUAUUGCGUUCUGCUCUUCUGUUGUUGUAUUUGUGGUUUCGAGUCAACCAGCAAAGAAAACCUGCUGGAUCACAUGAAAGAGCACGAGGGUGAGAUUGUCAACAUCAUCCUCAGUAAGGAGCACGGCACGACCCUGGACACGAAUUAGACACAGAGGCCUGGAGAGGAGCCCUUUAAACCCGGUUCACCCUGGCUAUCAAAUGACCCACUAGACAACAGAAGAAAUAGUUGGUGUGAUUUUUAAGGAAAUGACACAUGACUUUGGAACCAAAUCGGUAAUGUAAUGGAAGGGAUUCCAAAUGGGUACGCGGUGAUAAUAGUUAAACACUCUGAGUGAGGGAAAUGGGCUGAGGAGGGAGCAGAGAUGUAACCCCGUAUGAGCCCUCUGUCGCCUCUGCUUAGGGUUGAGCGAGCGUAUUUGUUAUCAAAAGCUUGCUGCAGUGGAGAAGUGCAGGCAAAGAGUUGAGGAAAGGUUUGCAAGAACUAGUGUAAAACUUAUCAAAGGGUCACAGUCGUAGCAGAGCUCGGGGUUUCUAUCUUCUCAGUUCUGACAAGCCAGCUCUGGAAUGCCAGGCCUCCUGGGAGGCGGCGACAAGGAAAAGCCGGCUUUGAGAUGACCUGCCUAGAUCCUUCCCCAGGCCGAUGGGAAUUAGUCAUAGACUCGAUCUAAGACAUAUUGCUUUAGUCCUUAAAAAAGAAAGACCUCUGCAUCCAAAUCUAGAUUGUACAUAGGCGUUUAAGGAGUCAAUUUUUUGUCUUCACUUUACAGAGCAUUUCCUGUGGGCACAGGAAGAAAUAGGUGAAUCUCCACCAGACUCAGACCAAAUCUCAAGGUUGAGGAAAAUGGAACUGAGCACAGUGCAGUUACUUCUUGAAGGUUCUGGUCAGUGUUUGAUGAUCCCCGCAGUUGUCUAGAUGGUCGCACAGCCUCCCUACCCUCUCUCCUGAGCUAGAGCAGGCUUUUACCUGAAAGAGCCCAGGGGAGCAGCAAAGGCCGAGAAUUUCCGUUUGAUCAGCAGACCUUGGAAAUUGAUGAGUUUUAAUUCGAAAAUAAAAAUCAUUGGGGGAAGAGGGGUGAAAUCCAGAAGCCCCUAAAAGUGAGCGCUGCUACUGAGAUUUUACUUCCUGGAUUUACUAAGUCGGUCCACUUAGCAUAAGAGGAAAACCAAGUGUGACUAAAACCUAAUGAGAGUUCAGGUUGUUAUCAACUUCUAGAAACAAACAGCAUUCAGCAAGUCUCUGGGAGUUCCCCAUCUAGGAAAUGACCUCCAUUUUCUUGGUGUGCAGGAGGGUCCGUCAUUAAAAUGCCAGGAAGUAGGUGUGAUCUCGUUAAUUACACAUUUUGUAUUUUAAUAUAUUUCUGAGUGAAGAGAACAGGGUUUUUUGUUUUGGCUUUUGUAGCUUGAUCAUUAUUUAUGCAUUGUUUGUUGAACGCGUUUGCCGCACGGUGCCUGCCCUCACGGUGCUGCUGUUUCUGAGCCGGCGGCCAGAAGCCGCCUGCUAGAGCCGAGGCUGGAACUCUGGCAAACGGGAAACAUUGGGAGCAGGGUUUUUAAUGGGGUUCUCUGUGGACUCAGGGAAGAAGUCUCUCCCCAAAGUCCAGGUGUGAAUUGAAUGAAUUAACAUUUUAAGGUAGCAUUAGGAGUUAUUUGAUCGGGGCCAGGCAUCUUAAAACACUGUCUGAUUUGUUUUUCUAAUCUUAUUUUCACAACGAUAUUUAAACACAAUUGAUUGUAACUUUGCAGCUCUUUAAUUUAGGUAGUCUUAAUUUAUUUAUGGAAGUUCAUCCAUUUUCUGGUUUUUAAAGAUAGAAUGAAUUUAUAUGUAGUAAUUAUGUUCCCCAAAUCCGCUGCAUGUGGAUACAUAUUCAUUUUCUCCUGUUUUAAGAAUUAAAACAAUUAUAUUUCAUUUCAAAUUCAAAUAAAAUGUUUUACAUGGUUCCAUUAUUAUCACUUACAUUGUUGCCCUCAGUCAGUCCUUUCAUUGCUGGUAGCUGUAACUCAUUGUUUCUAUACAAAUAUUCUGAAAAUUAACCUUAGAAGAGUUUUGUUUUAUAAAUUUCCUUGGCUUUAAUUUUUUAUAAUCAUUUGGAAAAUACUGAUAACCAAAAAACAUCCCCAAAAUUCCAGCAGUGAAUUUUUUAAAUUACCUUUUUUGAUUUUCUUAAACCACUUGCACUGAUUGUGACUUUUUGGAAUCAUGGAUUUAAAUUUCCCCCUAGCUCACGGGGAGAAAACUAACUCAGAGGUUCCAUCUUUAAACGCUCCUGUGAUUCUGGCCUGGGAUGUCCUCAGCAGCUUCCCCCUGGCCGGCAGGAAGGCCCACGCGGCCGGCACGGUCCUCUCCCUCCCAGAAAUGUUGCGGCAAGCCCGAGGUUGGUGGUGCCGCGCGCGACCCAGAACGACUGAGUGUUUCUGGAAAUGAGGGCUCAAUCCGCAGCUUCAGUUGGAGAAGUGCGAGGUGCGGACGCAGCCAGCAGGAACCCCUUUUGUAGGAGCAACACCUCAUUGACGGGCCCUCGAUCUUUAGCCGUUCACACCCGUAGAAUUUGUUUUCCACUCUGAACACUUACAGUUCUAAGAUCUGACAAUGAAAAGAGGUUUUUAAAGAAACUCACUGGGCAAGGCAAAGAUGCGGAGAGGGUAACGCUUCCCAUCAUUAUAAAUAAUACUUUCCGGGCUCUGUCAUUUCCUCUGCCUGGUAAUGCAGAAGGUGGUCAGCGUCCCCAGUGCUCUAACCGCCCCACACCUCGAUCCCAGCUGCUCUGCAGACUGAGUUCUGUGUGCCGCCAGUGCAGUGUGGUGACACUUCUGAAGUCUUUGUUCUACAUCUGUCCUGUUGGAGGCAGUGUUGGGUGGCUUCCUCAUGUCCUCUGUCUUUCCCCACAAAGCAGGUGGCACGCACCCAUGUUUACAUUGUAUCUUCCCGCAAUGUACUAAGCUGACAAAGACAAGCAGGUUCUCUAUUGAGACUUACUAUAUUUUUAGUUUUCAUACAUACUUAUUUAAUCUUUUUUAUUGUACAGCAAGGUGCUCUAAGUGAUAUUCUAUGAAAUCUAUUUAAUAGAAAUCUGAGUUUGAUAUUCAUGGACAUGAUACAUGUAUUUUUUUAAGAAAUAAGUAUUGUGUAACACUAUGGCAUUGCUUCUGUAGCCAAAGUCUAGAAGUUUCUGGAAUACUGACAGGUAAAGACUACCAUAAUUCUGCCACUGUGUCCUGUUCCAACAGACUGGUUUGCAUUUUGUAAAGCCAUGAGGUCGAGCUGCAUGCCCAAGGCGGGCGCUGCAAGGCUGUGUCCGGGGGGCGCAGUGUGCCUGGUCUGCCACGCGGGGUCUGCAGUGCUGCAGGAACGACCUUUGGAACACUGUGCAACGUUGCAGUAACUUAUUGUGCUUUAUAGGAGUUUGUCAUGUAUUGACUCUAAGAUUAUAUUUUGGUAAUAAAUUUUUUGUUAAAAACACUUGCCUCUAAGUUAUUAACAAGAGAGAAUAUCCAUUCUUACCUUGGAAAUGUUGAUUUGAUCACUUAGAGAGUUAGGUUUAGUUAAUGAAGAACUUCCCAAGGGUUAGACUAAGGUUUACAGUCACCCUUUGGUUAACUUGUUAAACAGCUGCUGACCACCAUCAAUCUGUGUUACACAAAGAUGACUGAAAAUGCGUUAGAUUGUUUUGCUCAUUUUAAAAAUUCAAUCUGAUUUUGAAGCUUUUUUUUUCUGACUACACAGUUCUUCAUUUUAUCUUCCAGAUCACAUCCUUAUGUUACAUGCUUUAAAUUCUGGUGUAGUCGUGCUAAAAACUAGCUCUGUCAGUGAUGUUGAGGCCAAAGGUGACAUGAUGUGGUCACGCCGUGGGCAUUUUGUGGUCAAUAGCAGGUGUUUCUCACAUUAGAUUUGUUGGUUGCCAGGUGACGCUAACAUCCUCUAAUUGUCUCUUCGGUCUGCUUGGGCCCUGGCACCCUAGGCCACCUCUUCUCAAAGCAUCUGAGGCCACAGUCUCCCUCUCAAACUGUAACCCCGUGUUCUGUCUCCUGAGCGGCAACACGGUAUAGCCCCUGUCUUUCAAGAACCAAACCCCAACAUGACACUGAACUUGAGGUCGGUUGUAGGAACCCUAGCACGGAAGGAAGACCCAGGACGUGGCCAGAGCCGCAUAUGCUGGAAGCGCGCAGCUAACAGUGUUGAAGACUUAGUACAAAAAUGUAAAGUCUGUCUAAUGGUUUUUUAUAUUGAUUACAUGUUGAAAUGAUAUUUUGGCUAUUUUGGGUUAAAUAAAACAUUAAAAUUAA